CAACUCUUUUUGUCUAUUAUAAAUUGACAGUCUGAUCUGCUUUUGGUUGAUUAUGAACGAAGACCUUUGCCCAUAGAAUUAUAGAUACUUCAAAACCUUUCUUAACAAUCCUUCUUCUUGUCCAAAACCAGAAAGCAACAAAAAAAAUAAAAAAAGAAAAAAACCAGCAUAGCCAUGGCUGUGAUGGCCAAGCAAGACCCAUCACCUGCCUUUGUGGCAACAGUACAAGAAAUCAUGAGACUUUACAGAUCACUUCCACCAAGGCCUUCCAUUGAAGAUGUUGAAGCAGCCAAGUCUGUUCUCAAAACUGUAGAAAAUGAAGAAAAAAUCAAGCUUGAGGAAAUCUCAAAGGAACAGGCCCCUGAAGAUGUCCCUGAGGAACUCUUCUCUGUCCUGCAACAGGUGAGGAAGACCAUGGUGUUGUUUCAAAGCCAUGAGCAAAAAAAAGAGGCCCUUUACUUGGUUGAAGCUGACAAGAUGUUUGAGACCUUUGAUGGGUUGAUUCAAAGGGCUUCUUUACUGGUUUCUGGGGAUACCCAGGACGAGAAAGUGAGUACUUUUCGGGAACAAGUAAGGAAAUUUGAUAGAGAAAGUGUGAUCAGUGAUGACAAUUUGUUGAAGAGAAAGGCAGAUGGUGGAUUGGAUAAAGAUGAUGCAAAGGGUUUGGCUAGAAGUUCUUCUAUAAAGGCUUCUUUCUUUUCAGGUGAAGAUAGCAGUGAAAAACUAAACCUGAUGAAGACAGCAGCCCUUAUCGAAAAUACUGCUAAAACAGGAGAUAUAGUUCUUGAUCUUAGGGGCAAGCUGAUGGACCAGCUUGAGUGGCUCCCUAUAUCAAUUGGGAAAUUAAAGGAUGUUACUGAACUGGACUUAUCUGAAAACCGUAUCAUGGCCCUGCCACUCUCCAUUGGUGGCCUUCAAGCCUUGACAAAGCUUGAUCUUCACUCAAACCAACUUAUUAACCUUCCUGAGUUAGUUGGGGAACUUGUCAAUCUAAUAGAGCUUGAUCUCCAUGCAAAUAGGUUACGGUCAUUGCCUGCGUGUUUUGGGAACUUGACAAACCUCGCGAAUCUAGAUUUGAGUUCAAAUGAGUUCAACCGGUUGCCAGAGACGAUUGGAAAUUUGUCAUCUUUGAAGAGACUAAAUGUGGAAACAAAUGAACUCGAAGAACUUCCAUACACAAUUGGAAAUUGCUCCUCAUUGUUGGAGUUAAGAUUAGAUUUUAAUCAGAUAAAGGCUCUUCCUGAGGCAAUUGGGAAGCUUGAAUGCUUGGAGAUUCUUACUGCACACUAUAACAGGUUAAAAGGGUUGCCGACAACAAUGGGUAACCUUCCCAAUUUAAAGGAGCUUGAUGUAAGCUUCAAUGAGAUUGAAUUCAUUCCUGAGAACCUCUGUUUUGCAGUAAGUCUCAAAAAAUUGAAUGUGGGGAAGAACUUUGCAGAUCUAAGAACCUUGCCAAAAUCAAUUGGAAAUCUUGAGCUGCUUGAAGAGUUGGAUAUAAGUGACAACCAGAUCCGAAAUCUGCCAGAUUCUUUCGGAUCAUUGUCAAAAUUGAGAGUUUUUCUUGCUGAUGAGACUCCAUUGGAAGUUCCACCUACACAAGUAAUCAAAUUGGGGGCUCAGGCUGUUGUUAAGUUCAUGGCUGAUCUUAUUGCUAAGAGGGAUACCAAGUCACCGCCAGCAAAGAAGAAGAAGAAGAAGGGUUUUGCUUCGGGGUUUGCUCAAAUUUUUUGCUAUUCCAGACUGCCAAUACGGAGAACAUUUAACCAGUGAAUUACUACUAUAAGAUUUUUAUCUAAAGCCUCUUGUACAUAGCUCAAAAUGUUUUGGUUUCUUUUCAAGAUUUAUUCUAUAUAGCUCAAAAUGUUUUGGUUUCUUUUCAAGAUUUGUUCUAUAUCAGUGAUAUUACUUGUGAAUUAUUUGUGGGAUUGCAAAGCAUUCUGCAGACAGUCCUAAUUGCUUGGCUCAAAUUCAAAUGAAGGGAAAAAACUUGCAAUUGUAAAUCUUUUGGCAUCUAUUCUCUAGCAACCAAAUUCUACCUUGUGAUUCUAAUGCAACUGUCCUAUAUAUUGCUGUCCUACAAAUGAACUGAGGCUUGAAAAAACAUGAAUGAACAGAAGGAAUGGUAACUCUUAUAAUCUCAUUCUUCCUUGUGAUCUGACAAAUCUAAUCACAAUCAAUCACAACUUAUAAAUUAAAACAGAAAAAAAAAAAGAUAAUUUCAA